CUUCUUCCCGAAUCGCCUCGCCCAAGUAACACCACUCACUAUCGCAGAUCAUGGCCGGCUACGGAGAGAACCCCUAUGGACAAAAUUAUGCAACGGGCGGAGGCGGAGGAGGGGGCGGCUUCAUGAUGGGCGGCAGUCAAGGGGACAGCCCCUCAAAGGGAGGCUUCUCGGCCAAGAAUACCCUCAGGCCAGUGACCGUCAGACAAAUCAUCUCUGCCACACAGGCCCACCCAGAUGCUGAGUUCAAGGUAGACGACCAGGAGCUCGGGCAGCUCACCUUCUGCGCUGUGAUCCGAAAUAUCUCGAAAAACGCUACCAAUAUCUCCUACACGAUGGAGGAUGGCACAGGUGAGAUUGAAGUGAGGCAAUGGCUGGAUAGUACUUCGGAUGAUUCUGGAAAGGCUGCCGAUAUCCAAGUGAAUACCUACGUUCGCGUACUGGGCACAGUGAAGGCGUUCCAAUCGAAGCGCAGCGUGUCGGCCGGUCACAUUCGUCCGGUGAAUAGCUUCAACGAGGUGCUCUACCACAAGAUGGAGGCAGUGUGGGUGCAUAUGCAGAUCACAAAGGGCACAGGGCAGAAGAGCGGUGGUGGACAGGCUGCAGAUUACGGCAGCUCUACACCGGCGACUGGUGGAGCCGACUUGACGUCAAUCUCAAAUCCGACGCAGCGCAAGAUCGCUCAAGCCAUUCAUACCCUGGUCACCCCCGACUCAGAAGGCAUCACGGUUCAGCAAGUGGCGGCAAAGCUGCAAGUCAUUGCAUCCCAUUGCAUUCUCGAGCUCGUCGUUGUGCGACGACGACGACGGGGCCCAGCGGCUUCGAUCUUCUCGCCCUACCCAUUCACCAACACCAUCACCACCACCACUCCAUCCAGAGAACGUCUUUUGGGCCCACCUCCUUGCUUUAUGACCGCUACUCCACCACCCACUGCGCCGACUCAAGUCAAGCAGGACAAGCCUCAGCUCGCUGGGACCAGGAUCAAGCAGAGAAAGGGAGUUGCCAAGUCUCAGGCCAAGUUCGAGCCAGAAGCAUUCCGCGACAGUCUCUUUACCCACUUUGAGAGCGUCACCUCGCCUACCGAUUGGGAUGGGUAUGCUGCUGCCCUAGACCGAGCGGGCAACACCCUCGACUAUCGCAAGUACUCCGAUCAGCUCUUUGAUAUCCUCAUUGCUGGAGGCAUCUUGGCUCCCGGUGGAUCUUAUGAAGACGAAGAUGCACCUCUUAGCCCCUUUGCCAUCUUCAAGGCAAAGAGUGCAAAGGUGGAAGAUGUGAAGCCUUACAUUACCGUCCUUGACAAGGUCAUUCGACGAUACAAGUUCCUGCAGAAGCCACUCGAGGAGACGACCUUGACGGGAAUGCUCCAGUACAUCAAUCGCUUCUCAAAGGAGCAGAAUGAGAAGCUAGCAACGACCACGGCUCUGCUGCUGCAGACAAACUUGCUGGGCGCUAAUGUCCUCCAAGUCCUACAGAAGGACCACCUCGUCAAGGACGACCUGGCCAUUACCUUUGUGGACAAUGUCUUCAAGGCAUACCUCUCCGAGGCCCCCAUCGAGGCGCUAGGCUCUGUCCUUCGCAAGGGAGGCAUUCGCGACCCCCUCCUCUUCUUCCCCACUCAGAAGCGAGCUCAACCAGGAAUCGUCACGAACCACUUCAAGAGCGUCGGUCUCAGCUCUGUAGCCGAUUACUGGCAGAAGAGGGCUGCUAGAGAUGCGCGUGAAGGGGUGAUCAGCAGGUUGAGCGAAAUGCAGUCCGACGAGAACACAUCCAGCGAGGAGAUUGUGGAUUUCCUCAAGGAGCAGCGAGCCCGUACUGGAUUGGCCAUGGACGAGUACGUACCUAUCGUCUUUGAUGGUUUGGUCAAGUCCAUCUCCUGGUCCACCCGUCCCGACCAGGCAGAAGCCCAGGCCACAAAGGAAAUCUCCACCUUUUCGCCCAUCCUUGCUCCGUUCACUCCUUCGCCGAAGGCCGAGAUUGCUCUGAUCAACAAGAUUCAGCUCUUCUGCUUUGAGGAACAGCGCGCGCUCAAGAGCUUCAGCAACCUACUCAAGGUCAUGUACAACGAUGAUGUGCUUAGCGAUCAGGCCAUCAUCUACUGGGCUACCAAGGGCGCUAGACCAGAGGGAAAGGACAUCUUCUUGCAGCAGGCCGCACCCCUGGUAAAGUACCUGCAGGAGCAGAGCGAUGAUGAGGAUGAUGAGUAAGGGAGUGCGGAGGGAGUGGGAGUGGGAGUGGGAUGAGCGGAGAAGGGAAGAAGGAGUCAGGCGCAGCCCAGCUCCCAAGUUCUGGACGUGCCAAUGAAAUGCAAGUAAGGCUGUUUGGUGUUGAAUGCAAAAGGGGAAAGAUAGCAUCCAGCAGCAGAACUCAAAAAGGGAGGGAAGGGAAGCGGGGAAGUAGAGCAGUGGUUGAUGACAAGAGUUAUGGUGUGCUUCUCCUAUCUCCUGCUCGUCGAAAAUGCAAACAGGCUUGAUGAAAUCCCUGAAUCUGCGCACUCAUUGUCAAAUGUACUCCUUGACAGUAAGCGGUAGGACGGCAAGAGGAAGGAGCGUGAGGGAUCUCUUCGCUGAGAAAUGACAGUGGUAUAGAUAUUUAGUAGUCCU